AUGGGCGUCAAGUCACUGCAGAUCGAUGCUGAAGUUCCUAUCAAAGUCCAACAGGGGGCGCCGUUGUACGAUGUCAAGAGACAACUGGCUGUUGAUGACAUCGAGGGAUACCUGGAGAUGUGGGCGACAAGGUUGGAGCAGACCCGACUGUUAAGGAAGAAGACGGGAAAACUCCAAGACAAGACUCUGGCAGUGGGAGCAAUGGAAAAGAGGAUGUUCUCGGUACAGAGGCACCCGAGCAAGAGCGACAAACAGCGGGGACAGGGGGAGCGGCAACCGGCUCUACUGGGGACUGGAAACAGCGUGCGAUCACUUUUGGUGGGAAAGGUUCAGAACCUGGAAAUUGUACCGGGUACAGGGGAUAAGGUCAUGUACCCAUAUGAUGUUUGUAUGGACGGUAACGGCACGCUGUGGGUAGUGGGGCGGGGAGAGACAGCUGAGCAUGUUGUACAGUACAGCACGGACGGGACCGCCAUGGCGGGGUUUGACCUGAAGAAUAGCUCUUAUUACCGUGGUAUAGCAGUGGACAUGCGCACUAACCACAUCCUGGUGACUGAUCGAGACCAAGGUGAAGUUCAGGUGUUCCGUCCGGACGGCUCCCUGGUGCGGACAGUCCGGCAUCCACUGGGUGAGAUGACAUGCCCACAUUACGUCACUUUGGACGGGGAGGGGAACAUUCUUGUGUCGGACUGGAGAAGUAACUAUGUCUACGUGUAUGACGAGUCCGGGAAGAUCCUGUUCCAGUUUGGAGGUUUGGGAAGUGGUAAAGUGAGUGGUCCCGCAGGCAUCUGUACAGACAGCUCGGGUCACAUCCUCGUGGCGGACUCUGUGAACGAGAGGAUUCAGAUCUUCACACGUCACGGCAGGUUUGUCCGUACCGUCCGUACUGGAUUUAAGCCGGAAGGCCUGGCUGUGGGACCGGAAGGGCAGCUGGUUGUGACCAGUUGGUUUAACAACUCUGUGACUGUAUUUCCUGACUACUGA